AGCUUUGCUAGAUUCUGCGUCACAACUCAACUUCGUAACUAAUCGACUUGUUAGUCAGCUUCAGUUAAAGAAGGUUAACUCGUCACAGUUCAUUUCUGGCAUAGGCCAAAAUGAUUUCGCCACCAAUCAUAUCGUUGAUUUAAGGCUCCAUUCGCGUGUUACUGAUUAUACGGCUAACUUGACAGCAGUCGUCACAUCCACCAUUACCGAUAUUCAACCAAGUCGCUCGUUCAAAUGCGUUGAUUGGAACAUACCUUCGAAUAUACGCUUAGCGGAUCCAUUAUUCUUUGAACCUCAACGCAUUGACAUGCUCAUUGGAGCUAGCUUAUUUUUCGACUUACUUUGCGUUGGUCAAAUACGCUUGGAUGAAAGUAUGCCAAUUUUGCAAAAAACCAAAUUGGGUUGGAUAGUAUCGGGCGCAACUGCGUAG